UCUCAGCGGUUCACAGAACACUUUCUCUAAUCCUUCCAGUCUUCACAAUGCAUGUUUAGCACAAAGACAGAAUGGAGGUUUUGGGUCCUUUACAACAGAAAUGACAGCUGGUAUCGGAAAACAAAUCCUAUUCAAGAAAUCAUAAUUAGAAGAAAUUGUGAUGUAUGACGAACAGAAAUUAAAAAGUUUGUUCAAACUGGAUGAAAUUUUUACUGUAAGAUAAUUUAUACCAAUUAUGAUGUAGACAAUUUCAAAACUAUGGUAUCAUAUUCAUAACGUCAGCAAUUUGUCUUGACUAGAUGUCAAGGAGAACUGAAGAACAUCUUCUGAAAUACAAUAAACUCUGAAUUUGUUACCUGAUUCUUGUUCAAUAAAAAUUAUAUCACAGUAUCCGUACUGCAGUGCAUAAUAGAAACAUGUCUGAUGUUGUGGCUACAGACAUUGAUUUAGGACCCAGUCUGCAAAAGCACACAAGGACACGUACUGGAGACAAAACAUGUAAAUGUGAUAUAUGUGGUAAGGAGUUUAAUUUCUUGUCGAAACUUUUGAGACAUCGACGAACACAUACUGGAGAGAAGCCGCAUGCCUGCAACGUUUGUGGUAAAAGAUUUAAGGAGACAUCACAUCUACAGGGACAUCUCAGGACACACACCGGAGAAAAACCAUAUAAGUGUGAUGUCUGUGGUAAACGAUUUAAGGAGGCAUCGCACCUCAAAAAACACCUCAGGACACAUAUGGAGCAAAAACCAUUCAAGUGUGAUGUCUGUGGUAAAGAGUUCAAGGAAGCAUGUCAAGUACGGGAACACAUCAUGACUCACACAGGAGAGGCGUGCCAUUCGUGUGAGAUUUGUGGUAAAAAUUUCAUCAAAGCAUAUGGUCUUAGGGUACAUAUCAGAACACAUACAGGUGAAAAACCAUUCAAGUGUGACGUCUGUGGGAAAGGCUUUAGCCAGGCUGCAAAUCUACAGACACAUAUCAGAACACAUACAGGUGAAAAGCCAUUCAAGUGUGACGUCUGUAGUAAGGCGUUCAGUGAUGCAUCAAGUUUGCAGGUGCAUGUAAGGAUACAUACGGGAGAAAGGCCAUACAUCUGUGAUGUUUGUAAUAAGAUGUUUACAGCAGCAUCCAGUCUUCAAAGACACUUCAGAACACAUACGGGGGAGAAACCAUACAAGUGUGAGGUUUGUGGUAAAGGGUUCACAGCCGCGUCAAACCUACAGACCCAUACACGAACUCAUACGAGAGAAAAACCAUACAAGUGCUACAUCUGUAGCAAGGCAUUUUGUAAGUCAGCUUACCUGCAGACUCAUCUCAGAAUACAUGCAGGGGAAAAUCCGUUCGAAUGUGAAAUUUGUGGUAAAGGAUUUACACAAGCUGCUAAUCUACGAACUCAUAUGCGAAUUCACACAAGGGACAAGUCGUUAUCUAUUGAAACAACAAAAGUUUUAUCUGUUGAACGAGUGAACUCUGAGAAGUUUAUGUCUGUCGAAAGUGUGGACUCCGAGAAGUUUUUAACUGUCGAAAGUGAGGACUCCGAGAAGUUUUUAACUGUCGAAAGUGUGGACUCCGAGAAGUUUUUAACUGUCGAAAGUGUGGACUCUGAGAAGUUUUUAACUGUUGAAAGUGAGGACUCCGAGAAGUUUUUGUCUGUCGAAAGUGAGGACUCCGAGAAGUUUUUGUCUGUCGAAAGUGUGGACUCCGAGAAGUUUUUAACUGUCGAAAGUGUGGACUCCGAGAAGUUUUUGUCUGUCGAAAGUGAGGACUCCGAGAAGUUUUUGUCUGUCGAAAGUGAGGACUCCGAGAAGUUUUUAUCUGUUGAAAGUGUGGACUCUGAGAAGUUUAUGUCUGUUGAAAGUAUAGAAUCUGACGAUUGAGUUGGGGAGUAUGAAGAAAGUCAUGGGUAGGGGUGCUCUGAUUUUUGCUACAAUUCACAGAUACAUUUCCAUUUUUGUUUUGGAAAACUUAUUUGUAAAACGACUUUAAUCACAGUAGAACUGUGUCAUCCACUUAUUGAUGUAUAGAUUUACAGCACAAUCAGAUAGUGUCAUGAAUAUUGUUAAACAUUUUAUGUCCAACUUGAGAGAAAAGUAGUCAAUCAUCUCUCUUUAAUGUUGAUAAAGAUUUAUUAAACCAUGGGGUGAGAUUUUAAAAGAUCAGCACACAGCAACGUCUCAUUAACAAUAAAAUCCUGCCCUUUGGUUAAGAUAUCACUCUCUGUUAGUCUGUAUAUUUGUCGGCAACUUAAGGUGUUCAAAAUCAUUCACUUCAUGCCUUAUUGUCAUCAUUUAUCUAACCGUAUGUAACAGCUUCCAUAGAUAUUACUGCUUUUGCAGGGUUAAUAUUUUUCAGAUGUCCUGGAUGGGACAAGUCCAGGGGUAAUAAAUUUUGCACAUGUCUGAAACAUUGUGACUGAUACAGAGAUAAAAACUCUUUUGAUUGGCUGUAGAAAUAUUUCUUAGACGCUUAAUUUUGUGUUAUUUUUUAGUUAAUGACUGUAAAUAUAGCAGAAUAAAAACCCCUGCAAAACUUAGCAACUAUACAGUAUAAAAAAAAUUGCAAGUUAAUAUUAUUUCAUUGUUCUGUAGUAAGCCUGCCUCAAGACCUUGUGUAAGAAGUACAUAUAAUUUAUGUGAUAUGUUGGUCAUCCAGGCUUAUUGUCCUGUACUAAGUCCACCCUAGACUUUGAGUAGUAAUGUGUUUAGCCCCUGGGCUUAUUGUCCUGUGAUAAGUCCACCACAUACUUUGAGUAGUAAUAUGUUAAGUCCCUGGGUUUAUUGUCCUGUGAUAAGUCCACCACAUACUUUGAGUAGAAAUAUGUUAAGCCCCUGGGCUUAUUGUCCUGUGAUAAGUCCACACCAGACUUAUUGUAGUGAUGUGUUAAGCACCUAGUCUUAUUGUCCUGUAAUAAGUCUUCUGCCAGACUUAUUGUAGUGAUGUGUUGGGCCAAGGGCUUAUUAUCCUGUAAUUAGUUUAUCCCCAAGCUAUAGAGUAGCUCUAACAAUCACUUAUGAAUAAUGACCAGGUUUACAAACUUCUUUUGUUUUUACUUCUGCUGAAUCUAAGUUUUAAAUUAUGCUUGUCCUAAACUAAAAUUUAUUAAGACUGAUUGAAAUGAAGUUUCAGUUUUUUUUUAAAACAUUGUGCAUGUGCAGUAUCAGAUAUAUUAAUAUUUUUUUACGUCUAGCUCCUUCUUAAGAACUAUUAUGCCUGACAUCAUUAUAUUUUGAUUGUAAUUCAUGUAAAUAUGUAUACGAGAUAGAUUCAUAUCCUGUUCUGUUGGGAUUAAUGAAGUUUGAGCAUAAAUAUGUGUGCACAUUUAUGCUACCAUUAUACCACGAUUAUUUGAGGGGUUACUAUCUGUCUUUCCCUUGGUUUUACAAAGGAGGGAAUGUAUCCCUCCUAAAGGCUGGACCCACCAAGUAAGUUAAGAAAGGAUUCAAUUUUCUCUUGGGACUGAGUGAAAAAGUUAGAGAAUUGAAGUUGGUUUUCUCUGAGAAGCCUGAGUGAUAAAGGACAAAUUUAUCUCUCAUGAGGACCAAGUCCUUAGAGGGAAGGAAGAGAGUAUCUCACCUAGGGACUAGGCCCCAAAAGUAAUGGAAUGGUCCGUCUCUACUUUGUGAUUAUAUAGGAAAUGUAAUGAAGAACUAUUCUAUUUCCUUCGGGGGGAUGGGAGGAAAGAGGAGGCAGGAGGUGAGGAGGAGGGAGCUGGGCCCUAAAAGGAUUUCUUCUGGAGUCCAACCCAAACAAGAAGAAUUUCUAUGUUUAAGAAAGUAGAAAGUAUUCUAAGCAAUACUUUGUGAAUGAGACAUUUGGAUUAUACUCACUGUAAAAGUGAUUUAGAUGAAAUUUCUCUACAUUCUCUCUGUUAUAAUGUUAUAUGUACAAGUAUUCUGAUCCUACUGUUAAUAUCAGUGUAACAUUCCU